UUUCAAAUUAUGUGCGACAUGGAUGGUUCUUCCAAUUACAAGACCCCACAGAUCUCCCAAAUGUUUCAGAAAUUCGCCCUUGCUUUCAAGACCAAAACCUUCGAAUUCUUCGCCGACGACGACGCUCCUGAUGAUUCCGACGGUUUUUCUCUCUUGGACUCCGCCGAGGAGAUUAUUACCGACCAGAAAGUCGUCGUCAUUAAACCUGAUUCUGCUUUUGAUUUCUUUCCCACGGUUCCUUCUAACGUUAUUCCACCCAAAUCCAAUCAGGUGGUGGAGAGUAAAGUUGAGGGAGGAGGAACGACGGGGAAGGUUGUUGAUGUGGAGAUGAUGCGGACUUUGGUUUCGUCGAUUUUCGCUACAAUUUCUUCUUUUGAAGCUUCGUAUAUCCAAUUGCAAACUGCCCAUGUUCCGUUUGUUGAAGAGAAAGUCACGGCGGCGGAUAGAGUAUUGGUAUCGCACUUCCAGCAGCUUUCUGAUUUCAAACAUUUUUAUAAGGAUUUCCGUACGAAUCGUGGGGAGGAUAUUUCGAUUCCGGUUGGUUCUUGUUUGGAAGCUCAGGUGCAAGAAAAUCAAAGUAAGCUUCGAGUGCUUGGGACUGUCUCGGACCGUGCUCAGUCGGAGAUUGAUCGGAAGGACUCUGAGGUAAUGGCUCUUAGAAAAAAGUUGGGGGAGUUGCAGAAGUCUAAUUUGAGGUUAUCAAAGAAAUUAUCUGCUAGUUUGAAUGCGCCUUGUGAUGUUUUGUUGUCUGUUGGAGUAUUCGAUUCGAUAUUACACGAUGCUUGUAGAGCAGCCUACAAUUUUACUAAAGUUUUGAUGGAAUUGAUGAAGAAAGCUUCAUGGGAUAUGGAUUUAGCUGCUAAUUCAGUUCAUUGUGAGAUCAGAUAUGCUAAGAAAGCGCAUAUUCGGUAUGCAUUCUUAUCAUAUGUAUGUUUAUGGAUGUUUAGGAGUUUUGAUUCGGAAGUUUUUGGUGUGAUUGAGACUGAGAGUUUUUGUACCGAACAGUCUCAGAAUUUGGAUGGAAUUAGCAUUUCUCUUAAGCAAUUACUUGAGCAUGUUUCAAGCAACCCAAUGGAACUGUUAAGUGUAAAUCCUCAAUGUGCAUUUGCAAAAUUUUGUGAGAAGAAAUAUCAAGAACUUAUUCAUCCUACUAUGGAGUCGUCAAUUUUCAGUAAUUUGGAUAGAAAAGAAGCCAUUUUGAAUUCAUGGCGGUCGGUCAGUGUGUUUUAUAAAUCGUUUGUUAAAAUGGCUAGCUCAGUGUGGAUAUUGCAUAAGUUGGCUUUCUCUUUUGAUCCCAUUGUGGAAAUUUUUCAAGUUGAAAGAGGUGCUGAGUUCUCAAUGGUAUUCAUGGAAGACGUCACGAGAAGAUACAUUCCACCUUUUAAAUCUCGGGCAAAAGUAGGGUUUACUGUGGUUCCUGGUUUUAAAAUUGGAAAGACAGUAAUCCAGUCUCAGGUCUAUCUUGAGGAACUCUGUGCUCUUGGUAAAGGAUGAAAAACAAAAGCUUCCAUUGAGAUUUAUAACGAGGAAAAUGACUCCUCCUUUUCGUGUUAUCAUUCCGAUAUCUGUGGUGGUUGGAAUUCAUGAGGCGAGCGGAUGCCUCAUUAACUUGCUGAAGCUAGAAAAAUGAAUGAACUAUGCACCACCUGAACGCUAGCUCAUCGCUUCUGGACACGGAUAAACUGCAACCUCAGCAGCCACCUUGUAAAUCUCUCCCUCGUGCUCUCUUUCACUUACUGUGAGUAUUGUUCAGGGUCAAUUUUAUAGAUAUUUUUUCUCCUUUUGUAUUCAUCACUCACUAAUAUAUACAUAACCAAAUUGUGUAUUUAGAUCAACUGAUUACAGUCAUCAUAUCAUUAAUGAUUAAUAUUCCGUUUCCUUCAA